GUUGGGCUCCCCGCUGCAGAGCUGCACUCUCAAUCUUCUCUCAGCAUUUCUUGGUUUUGGGUUGUUUUUUUUUUUGCUGCUUUUCAGACAAGAAGAAAGAGAAGAAGCAGCAGAGGAUAAAACUAGGGAGGAAAAAGAAUAAGAAGAAAAUCUCCCUCCUCCCCACCUUUGAAAUGGCACAGGUACAUGGGACGUGCUGCAGGAACAUGGAGAGGUCAGACCGUGAUAUGAAAGGAAAGUCCAAGAGGAAGAGGAGGAGGAGGUGUAAAGGCAAAGGACGGAGCAACAUGUUAUCAACCCUCAUCGGUCCCAUAAGACACUGGGAUGCUGGAGCGUCAUCAGCUGAGGAUGCAGACAGUUCAAGUACUAGUAGUUUGGAGGUGAACGAGAAUCAGGAUGAUAAAAUCCAGAUGGACUGUGACCUCCUACGAAAGUAUCAUCCAUCAACUUUUUGCACAACUUUCCCCAUCCACGGCCCGAGAGCUCUGAAGAGGAAGCAGCCGCUGUUGGAUGGAAAAGAUCGGCUGCUCUACCAAAGCCACUUGACUUGUAAAAGAGCUGCCUGGGCUGUCACUCAGAAGAACGCGCUGGUGCAGUUGAACGAGUUACGACCCGGUCUGCGAUACGAGAUCAUGUCAAAGACUGGCCCGCUGCAUGCUCCAGUGUUUUCUGUGGGUGUGGAGGUAAAUGGUUUCCGCUUCGAGGGCCGAGGAUCCACAAAAAAGCAGGCCAAGAUGAGGGCCGCAGAACUCGCUCUGCGGUCAUUCAUCCAGUUCCCAAACGCCUCCCAGGCUCACGCCACCAUGGGGAACCUCGCCAGCACUCCUACGGAUUUUACAGCAGAUAAACUGGACAUCCCCGACGCAUUCCUCAAAGAGUUUGAGCCAUCGUUGCGUGAAAACUGCGAUCUACUGCACUGCAACACAGCAAAAAACGAGGUUUUCUCCAGCAUUUACAACCACAGAAGACUCGUCCGACUCACACUGGACUUGGUCUCCUCGACAAACCCAAAAAGACGAGCCCUUAGCACCUCGCUUCUAGAGCACCUCAGCCCAGUGGUGCUGCUCAAUGAGCUGCGACCAGGACUCAGGUACAUGUGCCUGACGGAGAGAGUUCAUGGCAGGCCAGUGAGGAGUUUUGUUAUGGUGGUUCGGGUGGAGGGGAGGGUGUUUGAAGGGUGUGGGCACAGUAAGAGGCUGGCCAAGGCCCAGGCAGCAGCAGCCGCCCUACAGUGUAUUUACAACAUAAGUCUGGGACCGGAGAGGAAGUUCACAGGCCUCCAGGGCAGCAGAGCCAAAAAUCAGCUACCUCAGUUCUUUGCGGAGUCGAUCUUCCACCUGGUGAGAGAGAAAUACGCAGCGCUGACGGACGGCUGUUUCUCUACCUCGCACGCCCGUCACAAGGUCCUGGCGGGGAUCGUGAUGACCAGAGGGUUUGACCUCAGAUCAGCCCAGGUUGUGUCUCUGGCCACCGGCACUAAGUGUCUGGACUCGGACAACGUGAGCGACUACGGCGGUACGCUCAGCGACUGCCACGCUGAGGUCGUCAGCCGGAGGGCGCUGGUUCGAUUCCUGUACGCUCAGCUGGAGCUGCUGCUCUGUAAGUCAUCAGACUGUGAGGAACAAUCCAUCUUCCUACCAAAUAAAGGCGGUGGUGGUGGCAUCUACCGGCUGCGGGAGGGCAUCCUCUUCCACAUGUACGUCAGCUCGUCGCCGUGUGGAGACGCUCGACUCAACUGCCCGUACGAGACCACAGCUGCAUAUCCCAGCAGGCGGUUCCACUGUCACCUCAGGGUGAAGGUGGACGGAGGCGAGGGGACGCUGCCGAUCACCGCACGAAGAGCCAACCAGAAGUGGGACGGCGUGGCGGCGGGCAAACCUCUCGUCACCAUGUCCUGCACCGACAAAAUGGCAAAGUGGAGCGUUGUGGGCCUCCAGGGGGCUCUCCUGUCUCACCUGGUUGAGCCGGUUUACCUGCACAGCCUGACAGUGGGGACGCUCAGCCACACGGGUCACCUGGGCCGGGCCGUGGCACGCCGCCUCGCGCCCGUCAAGCACCUGCCCUUCCCGUACCGACGACAGCAGCUGCUGCUCGGCUGUCUGAGCAGCAGCGAUAUCCGGCCGGCCGGGAAGGCGCCGAACGUCAGCGUGAACUGGAGCUGCGGCGACGGAGGCCUGGAGGAGAUCAGCACCUGCACGGGAAGGAGGCAGGACUCAAGGACGCCGUCACGGCUCUGCAGGCGCUCCGUGUUCGCCCGCUGGCAGAGGCUGCGGCAGCAGUUGAACGGUGCAGAAGCCACUCCGGGGACAUAUUCUGGUUCCAAGAUGACUGCCGGACGCUACCAAAGGGCGAUGCAGCAGUUUAUUAGCGCUCUGCAGGGUGGCGGGUUGGGAACGUGGCUCAGAAAACCCCCAGAACUGGGUCACUUCAGCGUCAGUGUGUGAAAAACUGUGUGUUAAAGUGUAACUAAACCCCAGAAAUCCUGCUAAAAAAUACAUAAUAUUGCUGCCUUGUGGCCUACAGGCUGUUUGAUGUGGGAGGUAAAGGUCAACCAGAGCAACAGACUCACUACCGCUCAGGGUAGCAGGAAAACAGCGGCUUUGAUUGUCACUAGAAGCACAUUCGUGGCUGUCUCUGUGUGCUACCUGUGUUGUAACAUUAGCUUAUCUAGCAGCUCAAAGAGGAUGACUCUGUGGUGUCGGGCUACGGCUACGAAGCAGGCCGCAGUCUGCAGAGAGGCAACAGCCGUGUUUCAACCAGUAGAGGGCGGCCCGCGUGCAUAUUCAAUAUUUAGAAUUAAAAUGCUUUGCACUAAAAUGUCAAUAUUUGGACCUGAAUGAAUCAACAAUAUCCCUAAAUAGGAACAUACAGAGGUUUUAAGUGGGGGGUUUAGUUACUCUUUAAAGGCUGAAUAUGAAUUAGAGUGAAACUUUUUUGAAGAUGUGGAUGAGGCACAAAGAAUAGAGGAUUGAGAAGAAGGAUGGGAUUUUGGAGCGACACGGGACAGACGAGUAGAUAAUCAAUUAUGCAAAUGAACAACAGCGCAUACAGAAGAGUCAAUUUAAGCAAACGCUGGAGUAUACUUCUUAGUGUGUAACGUUGGCUUAAGUAGCUAGUAAGUAAACGCUGCUAAAUUCAGCUCUGGACGCUAACGCUAGCUCACUGGAGUGACGUUGAGGAUAUUUUCUAUAAGUUUGAGUAAGCAAUGUACAAUUAUUUAGAGUAAAAUUUAACUUGUUAAUUGCAAAGAAACGAGUGCAGCUGGAUAUAAAUGUUGCAGCCGCUUGAUACUAUAGAUAAGAUAUCUACAAAAAGCCAAUUAGAUCCAUAACGCAAUCAAUUCAGCUAAUUAAGGUGAAUUAAUUACAAUUUAAAUGCAUUGUAUUUAGUUUUACAUGUUAAAGAACGCACACAUUUAAACACAGUUUUAAAAAAAGCUGAUGAAGGCUUCAUUUAAAAUGAUCAGCUGUGGCUACAAGCCUAGCCAUGGGGCUAAUGAUGGAAUAAUUCUGCUCCCAGUUGAGAAUAAAAGGAGAUUCUCCACCUCGUUUUCUUUUAUCAAACAUGGCACGAACGCCACAGGAAACAGACGCACUCGAUUUGAUGUUGUUAAUGUGACUGGAGGGAAUUAGAUACCCAAAGAUAAAGCAGUUGGACGCAUUCAUCCCAUUUUUAUCUCAUGUGUUUAUGUUUUUAUUUAUAUACUUAUAUACUCUUUACCCUCAACUGUCAAAAUGUCGUCAUUUAUAAGGUCUAAAAACUCAUAUUGGUCCUCAUAAACGCCACAGUACAACAGCAGAUACACAUAUAAAACAUGAUUUUGUUGCUUAGGACAGUGGUUCCCAACCCCGGGGUCGGGUCUUCAUUGUAAAGAAAUACACAAUAGGCCUAUAUCUCAAUAUUUCAUUUAUUUCUGUGAGGGAAACUAAAUAAAAUAGUUAUUUUUAAGGUUAUUAUUUAAGAUCUAAACUUUGAAGACCUGAACACAAACUGUAUUUAAAAAUAAAAACCAUUAAGUUUGUAUGAUUGUUAAAAAUUAUUAAAAAAAAAUACACAUGUAGCUCAGGUGGUAGAGCCACUAAUCAGAAGGUUGUCGGUUCGAUCCCCGGCUCCUCCUGCUGCAUGUCGAAGUGUCCUUGAGCAAGAAACUGAACCCUAGAUUGCUCCUGAUGUCUGCUGGUACCUCGCAAUCAGUGUGUGAAUGUGUGUGAACAGGUGAGUGAGACAUGGAGUGUAAAAAGCCCUUUGAGUGGUUGGAAGAGGUGCUCUCUCUCUCUCUCUCUCUCUCUCUCUCUCUCUCUAUAUAUAUAUAUAUAUAUAUAUAUAUGUAUUAAAUUUAAUACAGACAGAGAAUUCUAUAAAAAGUUGCUAAAAAUAUCAGGAAAACUGAUCUCUGAUCAAUAUUCAGAGGGAAUAAUCUGCUAAAAAUCACUCGUUUUACACAAACUUCCCGCAGUUACUGUGUUCACUGUUUGGGUUUAAUGUUUAGUUUAUCAGCUGUUCUCUACUGUUACUGUUAUACAUCAUCUCAGUCAGUUUACUGGAUGAUGGAAAAAGGUUGGGAACCACUGGUUUAGGAGGACAUUGAAUAGACUUACCUCAACAAUGUGAGUGUGUGAGAAGAUUAAUAACUCCUCUAAUAUUAUUAUUAUAACACGUUAUUAUAAAACACGGCUGAUGGCUGUGAAGCAAAAUCAGUUUCAUUUAACAACUUUCCUUCCUUGAAAAUUUAAAUAUCAUUCUUACUCAUUUUUCUGUGUUUGUUUUGUCUAAUUUUAGAAACAUUUUCGUUCUGUGAUGUGACUUUAUGUUUUAAUGACAGUAAAGUUUUUCACCCUCAUGCAUUUUGAACAGUGUUGUUGAGUACCAGAGUGUAAAUGAGGCUCAGGCGUGAAGGUGCACGCUGCCACCUAGCGGGAUAUUGUGUGCAUUACAAGAUG